GUGUUUUAGAGUUAUCCAACCUAGACACCUUUAUAGCAGAAGUCAAUGUGGCGGCGGCCGCUUCGGUUGUUGGAAUUAUUUUCAAAGGGAUCGCCAGAAACGAAUGUUUCUAAAAUUCUGUGAAAAAUGUUUCCACUCAACAAUCAACCGUUUCGCAUGGAGAAAAUCUUAUACAAUCAACUGCUAACAAGUAAAAGAAUUAUUCGGAAACUGUCCUUCACGAACAAACUAUGCUUGGGUCUCUCACAUGGGUCAUGCGUUGACCAAACUUUAUGACACAUUAGUCUCGAACAGUGGCAGUUUACUAAUUUAAAUUGUCUUUCAAAUUGAUUUCAGUUUUGAGAAUUAUCGUCAUUACUAUCUUCUGUUAAAAUAAAUCGCCACAUCUUCCCUUAAGUGCCAACAAUGAAUAUUUCUAAAGCUCUUCUCUGCCGUUUGGGGAACACGCAACUUCCAAGGAAGUCCAGUUUACUUUCUGUUCUGGCAACAUAUCACCGACCUUUAGAUGCAAUUCAUAAUUCCUGCAGCCACCCUUAUGGAACACAGUCUGCAGCAAAAAUUUCUGACAAUGAUGAUGAUCUCUUAGUUCCCGUUCCUUUAAAAGAACCACUAUUUUUCCAAGCCCCUCACAUAACACAGACUAAAAACUUACAUGCCAAACUGGCUGCUGGUGAUAAUUUAACAACAUAUUGUAAAGACGAUAAUACUGAUAUCCAGUAUGAUAACACAGUGUCAAUCUUUGUACCCCACUUAAACAGACUCAUUGAUGUUAAAUUGGCCCCCAACAGCAAAUAUCUCCAUUUAUUCCUUCCAGCCACAAAAGAGGUGGUUCGCAUUGAGCUGCCACCUGAAACUGAUAAUGAGGAAUUUCAAAUGCCAACAGAAAAAAUUGAAUCUAUACAAGAUCGAAUGUGGAUGGAGCAAAAAAUCUAUUUAUGGAAAAUACCAAAUCAGUAUAUGCAACUUGCCAAAAUUAGAUUAACAGGUUUGGUAGUAAUUUCUUCAAUGGCUGGAUAUGCUCUUGCGCCUGCUCCUUUCCAUUUAAGUACCUUCCUUCUGUGUACCCUUGGAACUGGCCUCAUGUCUGCAUCAGCUAAUUCUAUAAAUCAGUUCUUUGAAGUGCCAUUUGAUGCACAGAUGAACAGAACCAGAAACCGUGUAUUAGUACGAGGUUAUCUCAGUCCACUCCAUGCAGUCCUAUUUGCAACAGCCACUGGUUUAACAGGAAUGGUAAUUCUUAGUUCAGGAGUUAAUUCUUUGACAGCUUACCUCGGCUUAAUGAACCUUGGCUUGUACACAUUAGUCUAUACACCAAUGAAACGGACAAGCAUUGCAAAUACUUGGGUUGGUUCUCUUGUUGGAGCCAUACCACCUAUGAUGGGUUGGGCAGCCUGUACAGGUGACCUGUCCACAGGUGCCUGGUUGCUUGGUGCAGUGAUGUAUGCUUGGCAGUUUCCUCACUUCAACGCUCUCAGUUGGAACCUUCGUGCAGACUAUUCACGCGGAGGCUAUUGCAUGACAUCUGUAAUGAACCCCAGUCUUUGCCGACGAGUUGCCUUUCGCUACUGUGCAGCAACAACAGUCCUCAGCAUCUUGGCGCCGUUUGCAGAACUAACCACUUGGAUGUUUGUCAUUGAUUCUCUACCCUUGAACUUUUAUCUCACCUAUCUAGGCUGGAGAUUCUACAAAGAGGGUGAUAGCAAAUCUUCUCGGAAUCUCUUCCGCUUCACUUUGCUACACUUACCCGUCUUGUUUACAUUGAUGUUGUUAAGCAAGAAACCAAGUCGGCCAAAAGCUGAUGAACUCACUCUCAGUUCCAUCAUUUCAGAUGUUACUGAUGUAUGCAACUCAGAUGCUUUGUAUCUAUAAUGUUUUGGCCCUUAGUUCUAAUUAAAUUUCAUAAUCAAAAUUAAAA